GAGAGAUAUUCGGCUUCGUUUGCAUUUUUCGAGGGCCUUUGGGAGGCUGGUAUUCGUUAUGUCUUCGUCAACCUUGGCUCGGACCAUCCAGCCAUUAUGGAGUCCCUCGCCCACGGCGCUCAACUAAAAGGUGUCAACUUCCCCGAGGUCAUCACCUGCCCUCAUGAGAUGGUCGCCAUGUCUAUGGCUGACGGGUUUGCACGCUUAACAGGCAAGCCGCAAUGCGUUCUUGUGCAUGUUGAUGUCGGAACCCAGAACCUUGGCUGCGCUUUGCACAACGCCUCCGUAGGACGAUGCCCGGUUCUCAUCUUCGCUGGAUUAUCUCCCUUCACACAGGAAGGGGAGAUGCGCGGGUCACGAACGGAGUAUAUCCACUGGCUUCAAGACUCGCGUGAUCAGAAGCAGAUUGUGUCUCAAUACUGUCGGUUCACAGGUGAAUUUAAAACUGGUAAGAACAUCAAGCAAGUCCUCAAUCGAGCACUGCAGUUUGCUACAAGCGAUCCUAAGGGGCCGGUGUACCUUGUUGGUGCCCGGGAGGUGAUGGAAGAAGAGAUUCAGCCAUACCACCUCGAUCAGAAUGUUUGGGGUAGUGUUUCCCCGGCUGGGUUGCCUCCUAAUGCCCUCGAGACCAUUGUAUCGCUAUUGGCUGAAGCAGAGGAACCAUUGAUUAUUGUUGGAUGGACCGGAAGAAAUCAUGCAACGGUACCGGCCCUGGUACAACUCACGGAGUCCAUUCCAGGAGUCAAGGUGCUAGACGGCCUUGGAAGCGACGUUUGCUUCCCAUAUAGUCAUCGCGCUUUUCAGGGGGUCGCAAUUGGUCUCCACGAGGUUAUCCAAACAGCCGAUGCCAUUCUUGUUAUUGAUUGCGAUGUGCCUUGGAUCCUGACUCGGUGCAAGCCCCGUGCUGAUGCCAAAAUUAUCCAUAUCGACGUUGAUCCCUUAAAGGAGACCAUGCCACUGCACUACAUCAAUGCGUUCCGCCGGUAUCGUGCGGAUUCAGAAACAGCUCUCCAGCAACUCAAUGACUACAUCUCGACCCACGCUCAGUUCUCGUCCUUCCGAGAGGCUGAGCCCUACAGAAAACGUUGGGAGCAACUCGCCGAAAGCCAUCGGCUGCGACUAAAAACCCUCGCGAAAUUAGCGGAAGCUCCCUCGGACACUUCAAGCCCGCCAAGUGUCUCCUAUCUUUCCGCUCAGCUUCGCAAAACGUGCCCUCAAGAUACGAUAUGGUGUAUAGAAGCCGUUACCAACGGUCCGUUUAUCUACGAACAGCUGCAGAUUGACGAGCCAGGCCAUGUUUUCAACUGUGGGGGAGGUGGUCUCGGCUGGUCUGGGGGAGCAGCUCUAGGUGUCAAGCUUGCCUCAGACCACCUCGCUGGCGGUCCGGGCAAGGGCAAGUUUGUGACUCUGGUUGUGGGCGACGGGACCUACAUGUUUGGUGUCCCUGGGUCUGUCUACUGGAUUGCCAGAAGAUACGGGCUGCCCACCCUCACCAUCGUGCUCAGCAACAAAGGUUGGAACGCUCCUCGCAACUCGCUAAAUUUGGUGCAUCCUGAUGGGUACGGGUCAAAGCUGUCAAACGAAGGACUAAAUAUUUCAUUCUCACCUACGCCCGACUUCUCCGGAAUAGCCAAGGCAGCAUCUGGGGGCAGUGCUUGGAGUGGGGUGGCUUCUUCAGUUGAUGAUUUGCAUCGCUUAUUGCCGGAGGCGGUCCAAAGUGUCCAGAGCGGCGUCUCGGCUGUAGUCGAAGUGAGACUGAAGGGAUCAUGGGAGGAGGCUAAGCUGUAA